UUGUUCAGUACUUGUGAAAUUUACAAAAAUAUUCAUUUUUGCCAUGUUUACAUUUGAAGUUAUUUAUUUUGCGUAUAUAACUGACCUUUUUAUAUCAUUUAUAGGGCGCCAUUAACUGUUUCAAUUUUAUCGUUUUAUAUAAUGAAGGAUAUAUAAUUCGUGAUGUGUUGUAUUACUAAGGAGGUUGUUUAAUGAGUGACAGCAGCUUAUUCUUUUAUUAUUGACGUCAGCAAACAAUUAAAUUACAGGACUUACAAGAAUUGGAAUCUUUCAAAUAGCAUGGAAAAGACAGAGACCAAGCCAGAUCCAAAGAUAUCUUUGACACUAAAAGUUGAUAUAAAUUCUGAAGCUGAGUUCAAUUCUUCGAUAUUACCAAGAAGAGCUGCAGAGGAAUCUCAUUCUUCAGAAGGAAAUUACAUCUUUGGAUUGGAUAAUUCUGUGAUAUGUCAGUUAACAACUGUGUUUUUGCCACGAGGUGGGCAAGAAGGUGAUGCUGCAGAGGAAUCACAUUCUUCAGCAGAUUUUUGGUGUGAAUCUAGUGAGCAGUAUGCUGGAAUAGGUGAAGGAAGAGAUAUGUGUAUUUCUGAGUCAACUAAAUCGCUAGCUGCUUGUUUGAAAGCUGAAAGCAAGUUUUGUGAUGCUGUUAAAGAUAUAUUUUUAAGUAACAAAUUUCAAAAUUUGAAUGGAGAAGAGAUUUUCAACUAUUUAAUAAUGAAUGCAAGUCAUGUAUAUGGAAAAGAUUUGUGGCAAAUGUUUAUAGAUGCACUUGGAAGGAGACGAGCUGCUAUUCCUCCAGAUAAACGAUUUAUCAAAACAGAAUGGCUUAAGGAUCCUGUAGCUCGUUUGGUUCGAUUCUUACUGCAUUUGUCCCUGAAACAGAAAGAAGGAAAUUCUUUUGGCAUUGAGUCAUCAGAUUCAUUAAAAGAUAGUUUAAGGACAGGCAGUAUAUCUUCAGAUUCAUCUUUAGGCUUUGCUGGUCCCUCAGAUGCCACUAGUUUAAAUACAAAUGAAAGCAUUGAUGGAUUUAGAGAUGAAGCACAAAAUACCAAAACACUGAUGUCUGAAAUUAAGCAUCUUGAACAUAUUAUAGCAAUGCUAAGAGAUCAAAAUACUGGUCUUCAAAAUAUGCUAUCAGAUGCUGAUGAUGAACACAAAAAGCUGGUUGAAGAAAAUAAAGUCUUGAAGGAGAACUUAAAUAGUAUUCAAUAUGAGAUUGAAGACACCAAAUUAGAACUUCAUAAUUCUAUGAAGCUGAUGAAAAGGGUAGAUAUCAUUAGUGAACAGGUGGCGUUUGCUGAUAUCCAAAUGGAUAAUGCCAUAAAAAAGCAGUUUGACUUAAUGAUGUCAGUUAAUAGCCUGAGGGAGAAAGUUAAAUUAAUUAAAGAAGAUGAAAUACAUAUUCAGUCUGAGAUCAAAAAGGUUUUGUUGCAGAAUGAGGAUCUUCAAAAUUUUUGUGUGGAACUUGUCAAAACCAAUGAUAUUCUGAGAGCAGACAAUUUGGAUUUGAUGAAAACAGUAAGAGAAGCAAGUGCUGAACUAUCCAGGUUUUAAUGCCUUUCCUAAACAAAUAACUUGCUUACUGGAGUAAAACUCCUGAAGGUCUAUUUCAAGUACCUGUUGGGGAUUGUAUUUAUUUCCACCAAUAAAACUUCAC